AUGGAUGCUGAUUUAGAUGACGGUGGGGAAGUUGAAAUUGAAGGAGUGGAUGUGUUGGAGAUUGAAGAAGCUUACGCAAUUCAAUUAGCCGAGGUAAAUGGGGCUGAUAGCUUAGAAAAGGAUGUAGAACAAGGAAAGCAUGAUUUGGUGGAGACUGAAAAAGUUUCUGUUGUCCCAGCUGAGGGGAAUGAAUCUGAUAGUUCAGAAAGGAAUUUGGACCAAGGUCUUACAACUUCUAAUGUUGAGGUUGAUUUGGACCAAGGUCUUACAACUUCUAAUGUUGAGGUUGAGUUGGCUGAAUCCCAAUCUUUCAUUGCUGAUAAUGCACUUGAGUCGAUGAUUGACAAUCCUGAAAGCAUAGAGAAAGAAAUUUCUGCUGUUGAAGAAGCCCAACCUUUGGAAAUGAUGGAGUCUCCAAUAAGACAUGAUGAAGAUAAUGUUGGUGCAUAUCAGAUCCUGGGAAUUUCCUCACUUGUACUGAGUCUGCUUGCUGGUACAGUUCUCUACGUGAAGAGAAGAAGUGAUAAGACUUUGCAUCCAGUAGCAGUCUCAAGUAAGAAAUUUGCCACACACCAUGUUGUCAAAGAGAAGCAUUCCUCUCAAAAUUGGCCAAUAGAGGUCGAUGUCGCAGGAGCGUCUUGUCCGUCUGAGAUGAGCAUCUUUCAAAUAAGUUCAUCUCAUAGCAAGAAAUAUCCCAAAUCAGAGGAUGAUGUCGCAGGAGCGUCUUGUCCGUCUGAGAUGAGCAGCUUUCAAAUAAGUUCAUCUCAUAGCAAGAAAUAUCCCAAAUCAGAGGAUGAUGAGGCUCAAAGCAUUGAGAAGAAACCUAGAAAGAGUAACAGGAGAGAAUCAUUGGCUGCAUCUGAGUUCUCAAUGGGUUCACCUUCAUAUGGAAGUUUCACUACAUAUGAGAGGAUUCCUGUCAAGCAUGCAAGUGGAGGAGAAGAAGUCAUCACCCACGUAAGACGCUCGAGCAGAAUUAGAAACCAUGUCAUUUCUCCAUGAAGAGUCUGAAGUCUCGUCACUGCUGCAUUGACAACUGAAGGAAAAUUGCUCUUUUGCUUCUCAGCAAAUCAGUCUUAGUAUGAUUUUAACUGAAGUGAUUCAAGUGUGAUUUGUAGGAUUUUAAUGUUUUAAUUAGUUUGCUGAUGUUAUAAUGUUGUUAGUGAAACUUUCUGCAUGCUGCCUCCGUUUGUUGAAGUUUCGUUUAUUAGUUGAGGAUUUCGUGUGGCUUGUGUAUAACACUUUGCUUGACCCUUGCUUCUAUGAACUUUUGCAUGAUC